AUGCAUGAAAAAUUAUUCGGGUAAAAAGAGAGACCAAAGCCGAAGCCUUUAACUCUCUUGACAAAAAACGAGUAAUAUAAAUUAGAGCAUUGGUAUGAUGAAAAUAAAGAUGCUCAUGAAAAUAGAGGUGAACAUAGAGCUGCAUUCAAUAGAUAAUUAGAUGAAAAUCACCACGAAAGAGAUAGAUUUAAUAGCUAUUAUGAAUAUUUAGUUAGCGUUUUAGGUUUUGCUGCUGGUUUUGGUAGUGUUUGGAGAUUCCCUUACCUUAUUUUUAAGAACGGAGGAGGUGUCUUUUUGAUUCCUUACUUUAUUUUCCUUUUUUUGAUAGGAUUUCCAUCUUUUUACUUUGAAACUGCAAUAGGAUAAAUAUUUCAAAGAGGUCCUCCACUAAUUUUUGAAAAAAUUCACAAAAAAUGGAAAGGUUUAGGUAUCUUCCCAGUAUGCGUGAACUUCUCAAUGUCAACUUAUUAUAAUCUAAUUUUAGCAUAUUCAAUAUACUUUUUAUGGAAGAGUUUUACUUAUCCUCUACCUUGGAAGUUAGAAAACUUAGAAGAGAAUCAAAAACCUUGGAAUAAAGAUUAUUUUUACAAAAAUUUCUUAAACUCCUCUAGUGGCCUAGAUGAAUUAGGUGGAAUUGUUUGGCCUAUCUUUUUCUGCUAUUUGUUGUCUUAAGUUAUUGUUUAUUUCUGCAUUCAAAAAGGAGUCUCUGUUUCUGGAAAAAUAGCAUUAUUUACUGCCACUUCACCUUAUAUUUUAUUAUUUAUUUUAAUGUUGAGAGGAUUGUUCUUAGAGGGUGCUUUUACUGGGAUUUCUUACUUGUUCUCUCCCGACUGGAGCAAGUUAAGUGAUUUAUAGGUUUGGGUUGAUGCUGCUAAUUAAAUUAUCUUCCAAGUAAGUACAGGCUGUGGUGUCUUAAUCAUCUUUGGUAGUUAUAGACCAGUUUCAUAAGAAAUAAAAUAAACUUCAUAUAUGGUGCCUAUGUUAACAGUUUUAUGUGGUUUUCUUGCUUCGUUCGUAAUUUUUAGUUUUAUGGGCUAUAUGUCUCACUUAACUGGCUAAUCAAUCCAAGAUAUACCAUUAUCUGGUCCAGAUCUUGCUUUUGUAGUGUUUCCAGCAGUCUUAACAUUAAUGCCUUUCUCAAAUUUGCUGUCAAUUAUUUUCUUUUUGACCAUGGUGUUUUUAGGUAUAGACACUUAAUUUGCUUUCAUGGAUGGACUUGCAGGUUCAAUUGAAGACGAAUUCCAUGGUACUGAUGCCAAAAUAUUUAAUAUAACUAUCACUUAAAAGCACAUUAGAAUGGGAAUUUGUAGUAUUGUAUCCUUAUCUGCUUUUCUAUACAGUACUUAAGCAGGUUUUUACUAUUUAGAAUUUAUUGAUAGCUACGGCGUUGGAAUUAAUUUGAUUACUGCAGUGUUUAUGGAAGUUUACUUUUUUAAUUGGAUGGAGAACUGGGAUACUUUAGAAAUCAAGAUUACCUAAUAUAUUGGAGAACCAACCCCUUAGAUAUAUAAAACUUUAUUAAAAUACUCAGUCCCUGUAUUUACAGGUCUUUUGGGAGGAUUAGCUGUGAUACUUUAAUUACUAAAAAUCAACAAAUAAGCCUGGUGGGUUAGUAUUAUUGGAUGGGCUUUUACACUCUAUCCAUAUUAUGCUAUAUAUUACUACUAUAAAAAAUACAAAGAUGAAAAGCCAAUCUAAGGAAAAACUAGUUAAGAAAGGGAAGAAUAAGGAAAUAAAGAACUUGAGUAGGAAUUAGUUGAAUAUUGA